UGGUUAGCCAAAUUCUUUUGUAUUGAAGAACAAGUCAAUAACACCUGUGCCUGCUCCUAGCCUCAAAACCAUGUCUUCUUCUUCUUCUUCUCCAUUCUUCAUAUCCACUGAGACCUUAUGCUCCAUCCUCACCCACAAAACUCUCAUAGAUCACUUCCAAUCAAAUCUCCCCAAAGCUUCAACCUUUCUCCAAACUCCAAUCCGCCACCACUAUUCUGUUUCCCCUUCUUCCUCUCUCCUAUUGAUGCCAUCUUGGUCCUCUUCUCCUUCUUAUCUCCCUUACAUUGGUGUCAAGCUUGUUACACACUUCCCUCAAAACUCUGCACUCAACUUGCCUGGUGUUCAGGGAAGCUAUGUCCUCUUCAGUUCUACCAAUGGCCAAACCCUAGCUUCCAUGGACUCUACUGAACUCACCCUUUACAGAACCUCUUGUGUCUCUGGCUUGGCUUCCAAGUAUUUGGCUAGGGAUGACAGUGAGGUUCUUGUCAUGGUUGGUGCUGGUGCCAUGGCACCCCAUUUGAUCAGGGCUCAUCUUUCAGCCAGGCCCAGUUUGAGGAGAGUCUUGAUUUGGAAUAGGACAGUUGAAAAGGCAAGAACUUUGGCACAGAAAUUGAGAGAAAGUGGGGAAUUUGAAGAAGGGUUGAGAAUUGAGGGUUGUGAGGAUUUGGACGAGGUUGUUGGAUUUGGGGAUAUUGUGAGCUGUGCCACUAAUUCCGAGGCACCCCUUGUGAAGGGUGAAAAGUUGAAGCUUGGUGCUCAUUUGGAUUUGGUGGGUUCAUUCAAGCCUUCAAUGAUGGAAUGUGAUGAUGAUGCAAUUAGGAGGGGGACUGUGUUUGUGGAUAAUGAAGCUGCCUUGGUAGAAGCAGGGGAGCUUGUAGGUGCUUUUGAGAGAGGAGUGAUUGGAAAAGAUGAGAUUGGAGGGGAUUUGUUGCAACUUAUUAGAGGAGACAAAAUUGGGAGAACCAGUUUGGAGCAUAUUACUGUGUUUAAGUCUGUUGGUUCUGCUGUUGUAGAUAUGCUUGCAGCACAAUUGGUGUACGAGACUUAUAUCAGGGGCUAGGUAUAAUAUUGAGUGUAGUUAAAGCCAAAUAAUUCAAUAUGUACAAGAGAUUUAUGUGCUUACUAAACUUUUAUUCCGUCACCGACUGAUAAUAGUUUCACAUCUCAAUAAGUUCAAGUUUCAAAAUCUAGUCUGUUUUUGAGUA